UCUCAUGGAAUCACCGGGCUUGCCUGAAGGCAUCGCAGCCACGCACCUCCACACAAGCAGACGACUACAUACACUUGUACCAUUGUAAGCGUCAAUGGUGGAUUUUUACCGGAGUGUGUCACUGUGUAUCUUAAUUACUGUCUCAUUCAGAUCACAUUGCACAUGGCUAUCGCAUCCUGUCGUUCCUCCAGUACAGAAUGUGCGACAUGUUGACAGUGCAAUUCUUUCAAAAUAAUACUUUAAAAUGUUACAGUUAAGGACCAGAAGCUGUUAAAGACACUAGAAAAAUCAGAACUGUUUUCAACUUAAAACAGCAUCAUGGUGGCAGGAGAGCUGCUUCAGGAGCAUGUUGGUCGAACCAAAGCACCUGACGGCGAUGACUCGUCCUCAGAGACACUAGCCUCGAACGGGAAACUGAGCGAGGAUCACCGGAAUGGUCUGGCAAAUGGAGCGCUUCAUGUGACUGUUUUGGAUCCAAGUGCUUUGGAAAAGGAGAUACCUCCUGAGGAAAAUCAGGCGAUGCUUCCUGGUGAAGAGAAACCCUUAGUAACGAAGCUGUAUUUGAGACGAUUCGCUGUUUUAUUGGUGUUCAGUCUCUACUCCCUUGUCAAUGCAUUUCAGUGGAUCCAAUACAGCAUCAUCAGCAACAUCUUCACCGAAUAUUACAACGUCGCCACUGUCGCGAUUGAUUGGCUGUCCAUUGUGUAUAUGGUCACCUAUGUGCCUUUGAUUUUCCCCGCCACCUGGUUACUUGAUAAAAAAGGACUCAAAAUUACAGCUCUGCUCGGUUCAGGCUUGAACUGCGUCGGGGCGUGGGUAAAAUGUGCCAGCGUGGGACCAAGUCUUUUCGGGGUCACCAUGACUGCGCAGAUAAUAUGUUCAGUAGCCCAGGUGUUUAUCCUUGGCUUGCCAUCUAGGAUUGCGUCGGUUUGGUUCGGGCCAAACGAAGUGUCAACAGCAUGUGCCACCGCUGUCCUGGGCAACCAGCUGGGCAGUGCCAUUGGUUUUCUGCUACCUCCUAUACUGGUUCCCAACACAGCGGAUAAUAAGGAACUUAUGGGGCACAAUAUUAGCAUAAUGUUUUACGGAACGGCUGCGGUCUCAACUCUACUGUUCAUUUUAACUAUCACUGUCAUUAAGGAUAGACCACCAUUGCCUCCCAGUCAGGCACAGGCAGUUCUCCCAGUGGGUACAUCUGAGGACUAUUCCUAUAAACGGUCCAUCAUCAACCUCUUUAAGAAUAAGGCUUUUGUCCUUCUGCUCCUGAGUUAUGGUAUUAUGACCGGAUCCUUCUACUCUGUGUCUACACUCCUUAAUCAGAUGAUUAUACACCAUUAUCCAGGUGAGGAGGUGAACGCAGGCAGAAUUGGUCUGACCCUGGUGGUAGCUGGUAUGGUGGGCUCCAUUCUCUGUGGCAUAUGGCUGGAUCACACCAAAACCUACAAAAUGACAACGCUGACUGUGUAUGUCCUCUCGUUUGUGGGGAUGAUUGUGUUCACCUUUACCUUGGAUGUGGGUCAUCUUCUGCUGGUCUUCUUUACCGGUGGAGCACUGGGGUUUUUCAUGACUGGUUACCUGCCCCUUGGGUUUGAGUUUGGAGUUGAGAUCACAUACCCAGAAUCAGAGGGUACUUCAUCUGGGCUUCUCAAUGCUUUUGCCCAGGUGUUUGGGAUGAUCUUCACUCUCAUCCAAGGGAAGCUGACGACAGACUACAAUCCUCAGGCUGGAAACAUCUUUCUGUGUGUUUGGAUGUUUGUCGGCAUCAUUCUGACAGCGUUAAUAAAAUCAGACCUGAAAAGGAAUGACAUCAAUUUGGGCACCAACAGUAAAGGUCAAGCAGUCCCUACUGAGUGUCCUUUAGAACGAGCAUCAAAUGGAGCCAAGCUGGAGUCUACCCUCAGCCUCUCACGAGAGACCUCCCUGUAAUGUUCCAGGCAGGAGUGUGUGUGUAAGAAAUCCUUAACACAAGGUUCCUGUGGUUACUUGAACUCUUCGUUUUGCUGUAUUCUAAAUGUACACAGUACCACUGUUUAGUAUGGGUGGGGGGAUGUAUG